UCUUCACCGGGGGGCAGCGUGGGGCACCCAGGAUGCUGGCGGCCCGGACGGGCGCGGCGGGCUCGCACCUCUCGGAGGAGAACCCCAAGUUAAGGAAGCAGUCGGCGUUUUCUGUCGGGGGGAGAGACAAAUCUCCCAAGAAAGCCUCGGGCCACGCGAGAGACGGCAGCCCCAGCCCCUCGGGGCAGAGCCGGCUCAGGGCCCGGCAGCUGGCCCUGCUCCGGGACGUGGAGACGAGCUGGUACCUGCGGCUCUGCGACCUGGCCGCCGAGCAGACCACCGCCUACGCCACCGGCAUGCCGCACAGGAAUCUUGGAAAGUCCGGCCUCCGAGUUUCUUGCUUGGGUCUUGGAACAUGGGUGACAUUUGGAGGUCAAAUCUCAGAUGAGGUGGCAGAGCGGCUGAUGACCAUCGCCUACGAGAGCGGCGUCAAUCUCUUCGACACGGCGGAGGUCUACGCUGCUGGAAAGGCCGAGGUGAUUCUGGGCAGCAUCAUCAAGAAGAAAGGCUGGAGGAGGUCCAGCCUGGUCAUAACAACCAAACUCUACUGGGGUGGAAAAGCUGAGACGGAAAGAGGGCUGUCGAGGAAGCACAUCAUUGAAGGACUAAAGGGCUCCCUGCAGAGGCUGCAGCUGGACUACGUGGACGUGGUCUUUGCAAAUCGCCCUGACAGCAACACUCCCAUGGAAGAAAUCGUCCGAGCCAUGACCCACGUGAUCAAUCAAGGCAUGGCCAUGUACUGGGGCACCUCGCGGUGGAGCGCCAUGGAGAUCAUGGAAGCCUACUCAGUGGCCAGGCAGUUCAACAUGAUCCCACCGGUCUGCGAACAAGCGGAGUACCACCUCUUCCAGAGAGAAAAGGUGGAGGUGCAGCUGCCGGAGCUCUACCACAAGAUAGGGGUGGGUGCAGUAACCUGGUCUCCUCUGGCCUGUGGAAUUAUCUCAGGAAAAUACGGGAACGGGGUGCCUGAAAGUUCCAGGGCUUCGCUGAAGUGCUACCAGUGGUUGAAGGAGAGAAUCGUCAGCGAAGAAGGACGAAAGCAGCAGAACAAGCUCAAAGACCUUUCUCCAAUCGCAGAACGCCUGGGGUGCACGCUACCUCAGCUAGCUGUGGCAUGGUGUCUGCGAAAUGAGGGCGUGAGCUCCGUGCUCCUGGGGUCAUCUACUCCUGAGCAACUCAUCGAAAACCUCGGGGCCAUCCAGGUCCUCCCCAAGAUGACCUCACACGUGGUCACGGAGAUUGACAACAUUCUACGCAACAAGCCGUACAGCAAGAAGGACUACCGGUCCUAAGGCCCAGCACGCGCCCAGCACCCGAGCCGGCUCCUCCGCGGGGACAGGGUGGCGCUCAGCUGCCUGCCCCCCACCUCCAGCCUCCCCGGGCCCUCAAGGGGGUGCUGCUGCCAGCACCCUGCACCCGGGUUGGGGCACACCAGGAAACGCGUUCUAUUUUCUUAGUGUGGACUGCAGUCCCACCCUGGCAUUGCUCCGCACACCCACGCUCACGCAAGGCACGGAAGAGAGAGCGCAUCGGGAAAGGGGAUACCGAGGGCACAGCGAACGCCCCUUUGCAUGAUUAACGUACAGGGACAGGAACAAUCCUGGGGGGAAGGGUGAAUUCUCUCCAGGCGUUUGGUGACUUACAGAGGGCUGUACAGAUUUAUUUUUUUCAAAGGGACAGAAUCUACAGAUACAACAUGAAUUGCCUGAAGAGAGUAGGGUAUCUUCGUUAGAAGUCUUGCUUAGGAAAAUGAACACUUUUUCUUAUUUCACGUUCAGCUUAGUGAGCGUACUAGCUUGUCCUUCAAUAACCCUAGAAUUCCUAGGUAUCUGCUUUCAUUCCCUUCUAAACACUUGCUGUUGCUUGGCCCUGAGCUGCAACUUACCCCACGUGCCUAUUAGAACCCCCAAAGUAUUCCAUGCACAGGUAGAGCUGGU